ACCUAGACAUUUUGCAGGCCAUGGAUGUCAGGCAUACCUGAACCUAGAAGUCACCGUUUUCCGUGCAAUUCUUCUUCCCCAGGGAGCUUCUCGGAACUCCGAGUCCUAAAAUAUUCGCUUCUAGGUCGAGGUUCGCAUUAGUGUUUUUCUUUUUCUUUUUGACACCGAAAGUCAUCCCUCGACCUGGUUGGUUCCCAACGAGUUUCCAGGAUGUCUGCGACUCGGUUCUAUGCCGGAUCAGUUCUAGCUCGCUCCCCGUUACAUCAGUCAAGAGAUUCCGAGCUUAGGCAAACCAGUAAAGGCGGCAGCUGCCGGAUUCAUGGAGCCUCUCUGAAGAGCGCAGCGAGACGAACGCAGCGAUUAUGCCGACCAGUUUGUGCGAUUCCUCCUUUGGCCGAAGCGCCAGCAGCCAAUCCCGAAGCAGCGUUCGCUGAUGUUGAGGAUUUCACUAAGGCAGGCGGUUCUGACCUGCAUUACGUCCAGAAGCAGGCUACCAAGGCGAUGGAGGAUCAGACGAGGAUCUCCAGCAAGCUCCCCCCUCUAGACACCAAAGACUCGUCCGUAUUGGAUGUGCUGGUGGUCGGCUGUGGGCCUGCGGGGCUCUCUAUCGCUGCGGAGUGCGCCAAGCGGGGACUCACAGUGGGCCUCGUUGGCAGAGACGCACCGUUCGUCAAUAACUACGGCGUCUGGCUCGACGAGUUCAAAGCCAUUGGGUUGGACCACUGCAUUGAUCAAGUGUGGACCGACACCAUCCUGUAUACCGACUCCGAUGCACCCAUCACCACGGGGAGGGCCUAUGGCAGAGUAGAGCGCUCACGGCUCCACAACGAGCUUGUCCUGAGAUGCGAGCAGGCGGGGGUGCGGUAUGUGGAGCAGGAGGUAGAGAGCAUCGACGACGAGUCGAAGAGGAGCACAGUGGUGUGCGCUGAUGGCUCGCACAUCAGCAGCAGGCUUGUGGUGGUGGCGGCUGGAGCAGCAUCGGGCAAGUUUCUAGAGUACGACAACGACACGAGAGGCGUGGGCGUGCAAACAGCAUACGGGAUUGAAGUGGAGCUGGACUCGGCCUACCCGUACAACCCAGCCAGCAUGCUCUUCAUGGACUACCGGGACUUGAAACGGACCAAGAAGGAGGAGGCAGCUGAGGGGGAGCUCUCCCAGCGGCCCAGCUUCCUCUACGCCAUGCCUACCACCCCCACACGGGUGUUCUUCCAGGAGACCUGCCUGGCGUCGCGCCCAGCCAUGCCGUUUUCCAUGCUCCAGAAGCGCCUGGACGCCCGGCUAGCGCAGCUGGGAGUGAAAUACAGCGUGGUGCACGAGGAGGAAUGGUCCUACAUCCCUGUGGGAGGAUCCCUCCCUCUCACCACUCAACAGCACCUCGGCUUCGGUGCUGCUGCUUCCAUGAUUCAUCCGGCUACAGGCUACUCCAUCACCCGCUCCCUCACUGAAGCCCCUCACUAUGCCACUGCCCUUGCCGCUGCUCUGCGCUCUCCCAGCCGAACGUCACCAGAAGCUGCUGCUCUAGCGUGGGACCACCUGUGGUCGCAGGAGCGCAAGCGGCAGCAGUCCUUCAUGAUCUUUGGCCUCGAGCUCAUCCUGCAGCUGGACACGCCAGCCACCAGGGAUUUCUUCAACGCGUUCUUCAAGCUCCCUCCCAGGCUAUGGCGUGGCUUCCUGGCGUCCAACCUCUCCUCCCUCGAUCUCCUCCUCUUUGCCUUCUCCACCUUCCUGGUAGCUUCCAACCCUCUGCGCUUCCGCCUCAUCCGCCACCUCAUCGUCGAUCCCAGUGGGGCCAAUCUCAUUCGCACCUAUGCUGGAAUCAAGAACCCACCUGCUGGUGAUCAAGAGAAAAGCACUUGAUUCCUAAGGUGUAUGAGGUAGUGGGGCACACCUCAUCUUACACGUACGCUGGAAUCAAGAACGGAGCAUUUGAUUUCAGAAGUGCCAGUGGCAGUGGUCCAACCUCAUUUGCACAUACGCUGGUGAUGAUCAAGAGGAUACGGUAGCACUUGAAUCCAGCUAGUGCCUGUCGGAGACACCUGAUGGAGCAACCAAACACUGUUCAGUGCAAAUAUCGGUACAUUGGAAAUACCGUAGGAGCCCACCCAAUGGUAUCCCAUAAUCCUACCGUGGCGAUUGUCAGGAAUCUGGAUUUGGGACCGGCUGAGUAGUCUUGUUUGAUUGUGGGCAACAAAACUCUUCAGGGAAGUUUGUUUCGUUAGAAUAUAGUAUGGUUUGUGGUGAUGGAUGGGCCGUUGUUGUACCAACACUUGACAAAGUAUGGGUGGGAGAUUACUGAUGUGGGGGAUUGUAUCAGAAAAUUGAAUGAUUUGGCAUGGUACAAUAGUCGCUUACUAGCUUAUAAGAAUCUAAACAUGCACACAUCAUGAUCCUAGUUGUGCGCUCCCGUUCAAGUGACCGGCUGUCAAUUGGAGAU